GAGGCGGAGGCGCUGCGGGGCGCGAGGACCAGCGCCGGCAGCUCGCCCUCCACGCCGGCAGCGCUGCCGCCCCCGUCCUCGUGGAGGCGCCUCGCGCUGCGGGGCGCAGGCCUGCAGCUGCGGCGCCCGACCGCACGAGGCUGGCUGGCAGGCCCAGCAGCUCCCCCCCUGCGGCCGCCCUGGGUGGCUGCGCUGGAUGGCCAGACGCGGCGCCAGUCACGGCCAGCCUCCGCGCCGCGCUCCCCGGCAGUGCGCGGGGGCAGCGCGGCUGCUCGCCGCCGGGGGGGCGCAGCUGGGAGCCGGACCCCGCUCCGGGAUGCAGGCCGGCAGGACCCGAUGCAAGCGUCAGCUGCUUGGAGCACCACCUGGUCUGCCCAGCAGUUUCGAAGCAUUGGGUGAAUUGUGCAUGCCCGCGCCGCAAGAAAUUUUCAGUUGGGCGGCCUCGUCGUUUUCCUCCUCCUCCUCCUCUUGCUGCUCCUCCUCUCCUUCCUCGCCCUCCCUUGCUCCCCCCCUCCCCCCCCCUCUCGGGCUGCUGGGACGGCCCGCCCCGUGUAGCAGCACGAGCGCGGUGUGGUUUGGGGAUGCUCCUGGAUACGGGGAGAACGGGCGGCAAGGAUUGGCAAUGAGACGAAUCAAGGUAUCCAGCUUGUCUUGCUGUCCUGCGCGG